AUGGACGUCGCCGCCGGCGUGCUCGGAGUCCACGCGGAGAAGGCUCAGAACCAGGCAAGUUUCCGUGUUGGCAGGCACCUGCGGAUCCUGUUCAUCGAGUGCCGGCAGCCAGUCCGGCGGGCCUACGAGCUCGGCAUCGCGGCGGCCGCGGUGCUGGCGGCGGCGCACGCCAUCGCAAACGUGGCCGGCGGCUGCGAGUGCGCCUGCUCCGGCGACAAGCUCCGCCGGGCGUCGCCCAACCGGCAGAUGGCGUCCUUCGCCUUGGUUCUCACCUGGAUGGUCCUCGUCGUCGCGCUCGCGCUGCUGGUGCUCGGCGCGCUGCCCAACGCGAAGCGCAAGCUGGCGGAGUGCGGGGUGCCGCGCCACCGGUUCCUCUCCAUCGGCGGCGUCCUCUGCUUCGUGCACGCGCUCUUCUGCGCCGUCUACUACGCCUCCGCUAGCGCCGCGGCGCGGGAGGAUCGCCGCGCCGCGCCGCACGUGUAG